AUGAUUCUACAUUUCCCUGCUUCCACAACAUUACCAGAAGAUUAUGUCUUUCAAUAUUGCAGUGAUUCAUUUUUUUCACAUAUUCCAACAAUUGUUGAAAACAACAACUGGCUUGAAUUUGCCUACCCUAUUCCCUUGACACAACAUCAAAAGCUUUACAUUCGUUCCAGCUACAAAGUCAUUGCUAAGAAUGCUUUAUUAAAGGCUAACCCAAAUCAUUGCAAGUAUUCCAUUAUCAGCGGAACCCCUGGAAUUGGAAAAUUUAUGUUUCUCUUUUAUAUCCUUUGGCAAUUGGUGAAGGAAGGAAAGUAUGUGUUAUUUGUUACCAGAGAACCUGCUAUAUACUUUGAUGGAAAUUCAACAUUUGAAUAUCCUCAAUAUCCUUUGUCUUCAGAUCAUCAAUUCUGGACAUUUGACUUAUGGUGCCUUGUUGAUUCAAAAGAUCCAACUAACAUUCCUGGAUUUCCUGUUGACGCCUGUUCUGUCAUUUUGUCAACUACCCCUCGAAGUGGUGUUCCUCGUCUUGUGCUGGAACAAACUGAACAAGAUCCAACAUCAAUUCUGAUUUCAGCUUGUAAACAAUGUGAACUGGAGGACUGUAUCAAGUUGGUUUCAAUUCAUUCUGAAAUCACACCCAAAGCAAAGAUUAUUCAAACACUUGUUCAUCUUAAGUCAAGCCCACCUUAUAAAGAUGCCACAGUGAUAUAUGCCUCAGAAACUGCAAUGAAGACUAUUGCUCAUACUAAAUGGACUUAUGAAAUUGCCACACCAAAAUCAGCCAGUUUUACUAAACCUUCUUUUGUGACUGAAAUAGAUUUAUUAAAAAAUCUAAAUCAUCCAAACAUUGUAAAAUAUAAAGGAUUUGUUAAAACAAGGGAGUUUCUAUUUAUAAUUUUAGAGUACUGUGAAAAUGGCUCAUUACACAAUAUUUGUAAAAAAUUUGGUAAAUUUCCUGAAAACCUUGUAGCAGUAUAUAUAAGCCAAGUGCUAGAAGGAUUAUUAUACCUACAUGAACAAGGUGUAAUACAUCGUGAUAUCAAGGGUGCAAACAUAUUAACCACAAAAGAAGGUUUAGUAAAACUGGCUGAUUUUGGUGUGGCAACUAAAACAACAACAUUAGGCGAUUUUGGUGUUGUUGGCUCUCCGUAUUGGAUGGCUCCAGAAAUUAUUGAAUUAUCAGGUGCAACCACAUCAUCGGAUAUUUGGAGCGUGGGAUGUGUCGUGAUUGAACUGUUGGAAGGCAAACCACCAUAUCAUCAUCUUGAUCCGAUGCCUGCACUUUUUCGAAUAGUGCAAGAUGAACAUCCUCCAUUGCCCGAGAGUGCAUCUCCGGCUGUAAAAGAUUUUUUAAUGCAGUGUUUCCAUAAAGAUAAAUACGAAGAAACAAUAAAAAGUGUACAAGAGUGGAACAAAGCAUUAAAAGCUUCAAAAUCUAAUAUUAAAUUACCACCAGCUUUUAAUAGGCGAAGGAAAAGUGAACAAAUUAAGUUACAAUUGUUAUCAUUACCAUCACCCGAUAAUGCUAAUAGAAAGAAAUCAAUUGAUCAAGUAUCAAUAGUUGAUAAUAAUUGGGACAAUUUUGUUGAUUUAGGUUCAAAAAAUUUAACGGUAGUUAGUAAAGAACCUAUGGAAUCAUCUCAAAUCAAUGGUGAAACUAAUAUUAAUAAUACAAAUGGCUCAUUAAAAUCAUCUGCAUCAUUUGAACCACCGUCACCAUCACCAUCACCAUCACUGACUUCGUCACCAUUAUUACAACAACAAAAAAGAUCUAAACCAUUACAAAUAAUAAGACCCACAUCAUUAUCAGCACAGCAACAACAGAAACAACCAAUAAAACCAAUCUAUUCAACUUCUUUAACAGAAAAUCACAUCACAAUCUUUUCAUCAUCCCCAAACAAUACCACCAAUGCAAGACCUAAAUCUCCUUAUCCUCCAAAUCUAUUUAAACAACAUCGUCGUAGGGUCAGUGAUUUAGAAGCCAACAAACGACCAUUUUCUUAUAUCAAUGGUCUACAAAAUUCUACAUCAUUAUCAUCUGCAUCGUCAUUACCAGAUGAUAAACCCUUACCACCAUUACCACGCUAUAGUAAAUCUCCUAAUUCUGCUGGCUUAGGAUUAUCAUUAUCAAGCCGGGUUUCAGCUCCUGUCCUACCAAGCAUUGAGAUACCUGAUUCUUAUUAUGAUAAAGUUCUGUCUACAAGUGCAACAAGUAAUAUGAGUAACGCAUCACCAAUCUCGCCACUUCGUGAUACACCAACUGGUGGUGAUAAACAAUCAUUAAUGAUUAAAUCAAGACCUACUAACAAUAGUUGGCUCGCCGAGGAUAUAAGUGACGAAGAUGAUCCAUUUGCAGAGAUUGAGGAGAAAUUUGACGAGAUGGACAUGGAAGCUUAUAUAGCUAGAGACAAAUAUGCUCAUGCGUGUUCAAGGCUAGAAGAACUUAUUAACGCGCUACUGCCUAAUGAGAGCGAAGAGAGAUUAUUGAUCACAUGUGGUUUAUUGAUUGAUCUUUUGCACGAACAUAAACAACUUAAAAGUCAUUUCAUCAUUUUUCAUGGCGUGAUACCGAUCAUUGAAAUAUUGGAAAUAUGUGUCUACUCAAGUGUAUUGACCAAGCUACUGAGAAUAAUUAACAUCAUCAUCGAGGAUAAUAUUAACCUGCAAGAAAAUUUAUGUCUGGUGGGUGGUAUACCUGUGAUAAUGAAUUUCACCUUGAAACGAUACUCAUAUGAUAUCAGAUUGGAGGCCGCAACUUUUAUAAAACACAUAUGUCACACCUCACCCAUUGUACUGCAAAUGUUUGUUUCGUGUAGAGGAUUGAAAGUUUUGGUGGAAUUUCUACAAGAGGAUUACAAUGACCGCAAGGAAUUGGUUUGGAUAGCUGUUAAUGGAAUCUGCAGCGUUUUUGAACUUCAGAGUCCAACUCCAAAAAAUGAUUUUUGUCGUCUAUUGGCAAAAAAUGGAUUGUUAGAUCCGUUGGCAAACACGCUUCACGAUGUUAUAAAGGACGAAGAUGAAAAGGCCUUCAUUUAUAUUAACAAGAUAAUCAAUAUAUUUUUACAAUUCUCACAAGCUGACACCUAUGUAACUGAAGUGAUGGCAACCAAAACUAAGGUGAUAUCAAGAAUUUUUGAAGAGUUGGAUGAAUUGCCAGCAAACAUGGUUGUCUCGUUGCUUAAAUGUAUAAAAAAUAUGUCAAUGAACUCUAACACUCUGGAUGCAUUACAAAAAGCAGGAGCUAUUCAAGUAUUGACCGCAGUGUUGGAUAAACAAAGUCCACCAUACAUCACCGAAAUCUCGAAUCAAGUUCUCAACACAAUGUUUAAUCUAUGUCGUAUAAACAAGUCAAGACAAGAGGAAGCGGCGAAAGCCGGGGUCAUACCACAUUUGCAAUAUUUCGCGUCUAAUAAAACGCCACUAAAGCAAUUUUCUUUGCCUAUAUUAUGUGAUAUGGUACACACAGGCGAAUUGUGUCGUGAUUUGUUGUGGAAACAUGAUGGCUUGCAGUUCUAUUUAGAAUUAUUGAUUGAUCCCUAUUGGCAAGUAAAUGCUUUGGAAGCAAUACUUGCUUGGCUACAAGAGGAAACACAAAAAGUUGAACCAAUUCUAUUGCAACCCAAAAAUGUUGGGCACAUGCUCGAAGCAUUUGUUACAGCAAAAGCAAACUCUUUUGAAAACGUUCUUGAACCAUUACACAUGAUAGCCCAGAAAUCGCCAUCAUUGUCAUGUGAAAUGGCUCAGCCUAAAUUUUUCAAACGCCUAUUACAACGUUUGUCACAUCCAAAAGCUGUUGUCAGGCUCAACUUGUUACGUAUAUUAAAAACCGUUUGUGAUUCGCAUCCACAACGUGAAGAUGUUAUAGCCAAAUAUGAAUUGUUUGACGUUAUUGAUAAAAUGAGCAAGAAUGACCAGGCGGUUUUGAUCAGAGAUCUUGGUAUAUCAUUAUCGUCAUUGCCUGUUAGCAAUCCGCCAGCAACAUCUUUAUCGAAAGACGUUAUAUCUGAGGAGGAAGAAUAUGCUACUAGUUUUUAUACCAAUAGUCAUGUACCGUUUACAUCAUUCAAAGAUAAUUUGGUUAACAAUUCUGCUUUGCCUGUUGAAGGAAAUCAAACUCAAAUACAACAAAUACAAAUAAAAAGACGUAAACGUGCUUUAUCAUCGCCAAUCACAUCUCAUUUAUCGACAAUAUCAGAACAAGAAACAGUAAAACCUAAAAGACCUUUAUCGACUCCAUUUGAAUUAUCAUUGGAUCAAGUGAUUGAACAAGGAGGAGACAAGAAAACUUCUUCGACUUCUAUUUCCUCAACUCCAAUAAUACCUAAUAGUAAUUAUAGACAACAACAGCAACAAUUGCCUUCUCAAAAGAAAAGACCAGUUUCUUUUGUUUCACAUCCACCAAAUGGCAAUGAUUCAAUUAAACUUCCUCGUUCAAUCUCAUUAAAAAAUCGUAAAAAUUCUCAUCAACAAAAAAUUUUAUCAUCAGCAUCAUCUACACAUUCGUCGAUUAACAACAACGAACAACAUUUAUCAACAAUAAGAUCAAGUGUAUCAGCUACUUCUACCGACACAAAUACUUCUACCAACUAUUACAACUACAAUAAUGAUUCAGGAGCCGUCUCACUUUUCCCAUAUGAUCAUAUUCGUAAAAGAGAAAGUUCACGAAAAAUUAAAGGUAUAGCUUAUAACAGAUCAUAUAAUAGACAAGCUAUGAAUGAAGAGGAGGAAACAGAAUCUGUAGCACCAUCAAUUAAUUCAAUUGGUUCAACAAAUAUUGAAACAGAAGGUGGCGUUAUAGCAAUGAAAUUUGGAACAAAUUCUUCUAGUGCUACUACUGCUACUAAUGCAAGUAUGAAAGGAACAAAAAAUGAACACAUGGAUCGUCAUCAUCAUUUACAAUCUUCAAUGUUUGUAUGGUUGAAAAAAAGAAUGAUGGGAGGUGGGAAUAGUAAGAUUAAGAAAGAAAAAAUAUCAGCAGUCAAUCAUAUUACACAUGAAAAUCAAGAUUCAAAUAACAAUUUAAUCAAUGAUGCAAAAAAACUUUUGGGGUGCUUCUUGCAAGCUGGAACCCUGCAAUUUUCUGAAAUCACUGAAGAAGAAUUGGUUGCUAUGACACAUCUUUGUGCAAUAGGAAUCAUAAAAGAAAGGAAAAGUCAGUUAGAGUUCACAUCCAAUAUUAGUUUUGAUCUGUUAUCAAGUAGAUAUUAUCCUUUCUAUGUAGCACAUUCAGAAAAAAAAUGGAAUGAAAAGGCAGGUAAAUUAGCUAAAAUAGGAACAAACAAGUUUCCAAUAUCCAUUAAAUUUGAUAAUUUUAGUUAUCAAAAGUAUAAACUUAUGUGGAACAAUUUACCAGUAGAUUAUCACACAAGAUCUUUUAUUAAGAAAACAACUGAUGCAUUCAACUAUCAAAAUUGGAAAAAUUUAAAAAGAAGCAAAAAUUUUAAUAAUGAACAAUAUGAAUCUAUUGACUAG